GACCAAAAGGGGAGUUUUCUCCUUUUGUGAAGUUAUCACUUUUCACAGAGCAAAGGCCAUCAAUGUGCAAGGUAUAUCCGCGACAAUACAGGCGGUGUUGAGGGGGAACUUUAUAGAUAUACCUAGCUAGGACCAAGAAGAGAUUUACAUCUAUAUAUACAAACAACGGACCAGCGUAAUUCUGGUAAAGCUAUGAUGCUCACUGAGGAGGCGGCAGCGACAUAUACAUAGCUAUAAUAGCUAGCGAGUCCCGCAGUCUCUCUUCUCUAUUUGAGCGCCCAAAGCUUGGCUCAAGAUGCGGAGUAUGUCGGCCGUAUCAUCCUAUCAAAGAGGCAUCGCCGCCAUUGUCGGCGUUGGGCCCAAUCUGGGCCGAUCUAUUGCUCGCAAGUUUGCUCACGAAGGCUACACCGUUGCCAUUCUAGCUCGUGACCUCGGGAGAUUGUCGAGAUUUGCAGAUGAGAUAGCGAGAGAAGAGAAGGCGCAGGUGUUUGCAAUCAGAAUAGACUGCGCUGAUUCAAAAAGUGUGAGAGAGGCAUUCGAAGGGGUUUUAUCUCUAGGAUUUGUAGAAGUACUCGUGUACAAUGCUUAUCAGCCGGUCUCAUACCCCUCCAACUUCACCGACAUUCGCAUCGACUCCUUCGAGAAAUCCCUUGCCGUCUCCUCCGUCGGCGCCUUCCACUGCGCGCAACAGGUGAUUCCGGGGAUGGUCGAGAGAGGGAGAGGAACAAUUCUCUUCACAGGCUGCUCAGUUUCUCUCAACGGCAUUGCUGGUUUCUCCGAACUGUGUUGUGGAAAGUUUGCGUUGAGAGGACUAUCACAGUGCCUAGCGAAGGAGUUCCAACCUUCAGGAGUGCAUGUCGCGCAUGUUAUCAUUGAUGGAAUCGUAGGCCCUCCCAGGGGACCAUCUGCUGCUGUUGGUUCGUCGUCACAGAGAAGUUUGGUAGGGGAACAACAGCGUGGCGGUGUAGGGGAAGGGUCGGUGAUGAUGGACCCUGACUCGCUGGCUCAGACCUACUGGCACCUUCACGUCCAGGACCGGACCGCUUGGACCCAGGAGAUCGACCUCCGUCCCUCCUCUCACACUAGAUUCUUCUAAGCCUAUCUGGAAAUAUCAUUAAUUAUAAAUAAUCACAUAUCUGCAUGUAAGUAUCAAAUAUAUGUCCAGUUCUUCCAUAAUCACAUGUUCAAAUAUAUGUGUGAUUAAAGUUCUUUUGGUCACACGAUUCCUUGAACUUUUGGUUGUGCUUAAUAUUCUCGAGUGUGUGGCUACUGGCUAUUCCAAUUUCUCUAAAUGCAUCUUCUUACUCAAAAGAUUCA